UACGAAACUUUAAGCGGAAGUGCUUAAUUACGCACUGGGUACUUUCACAAUAAAAAAAAACAGAAGACCAAAAUGAUUAAGUUGUUUUCACUAAAACAGGCGAAAAAAGACGGUACCGAUGGUGGAGAAAAAUCAGGAACACAGAAAAAAGCAUCAGCUGCACAGUUGAGAAUACAGAAAGAUAUUCAUGAACUCAAUUUACCAAAGACCUGUCAAGUAGAUUUUCCUGAUCAAGAUGACUUAUUAACCUUUAAACUUACCAUUUGUCCAGAUGAGGGUUUCUACAGAGGAGGAAGAUUUGUAUUUAGUUUUAAAGUAGGUCAAGGUUAUCCUCAUGACCCACCAAAGGUCAAAUGUGAAACAAUGGUGUAUCAUCCUAACAUAGAUUUGGAAGGAAAUGUAUGCCUCAAUAUUUUAAGAGAAGACUGGAAACCUGUGUUAACAGUUAAUUCUAUAGUAUAUGGAUUACAGUAUUUAUUUUUGGAACCGAAUCCGGAGGACCCGUUAAACAAAGAAGCAGCAGACGUAUUACAGAACAACAGACGGUUAUUUGAACAGAAUGUUUCAAAAUCAAUGAGGGGAGGUUAUAUAGGAUCUACAAUGUUUGACCGAUGUUUAAAAUGAUGACCAUUAUAGUUUAGAUAUAAAAAAAAUUGUGACAAACAUUUCAUACAAGUUGUAUAAGAAAAUACAUCAUGCAAGUAAUACCACUGCACCAUCAAGGCAUUUUAUUGGAUGUGUAGUAAGAGAAGCUCUGAUAUUAUUUGUUAUAUAUGUGUUGUUUGGAAAAGAUUGACGUUGGAAGAGGAUAUAAAGUGGGUUGUCUAUCAAAUUGUCACUGAUCAAAUGAAUGUUUUAAUCAGUGACAUUUUGAAAAGGAGAAGCAAAAGUCUUCUUGUCCUAUUUUCUCGUGGAUUGUUAAAAUAAUUUAAAAAAACAUUACAGUGUACUAUUUAAUCUUUUAUGAACCCUCGAUAGUUUUGGUUUCUUUUGCUUCAUGAUGUAUCAUAAUUGUGAAAAAUCAUUCAUAAAAACCUUUCAAGUCACUGUGAAUCAUGAUCUUUAAAUAGUUUUUAUUGAAUAAAUCAUUUCCUAAAGAUUGGUCUGUCUUUUCCCCUGAUACGUCAAGUGUAUCUAGUUAAACUGCCAGUAUACACUAAAAUAUUUCAUUUUUGUUUGAACAAUUUUAUCAUACACCGUAUAAUUGACUAGAAAAGACCUUUCUCGUCUAGGCAUAUCUAAAGGCCACAAUAUUCCUUUCACCAUUUUGAAACUAUUUAAACCCUGAACUUGUCUGAUCCUGUGUUAAAUUACAGAAUAAAAUAGUGAUAUUUUUGUUUUUUUCACAUACA